AUGAUCCCUGAGGUGCAGAAGGGGCCAGUGAUGAUGGCUGUCAUGGGGGACCUUGCUGGACCAGUCCCUUCCCUGGACCUGGGCAAGAAGCUGAGUGUGCCCCAGGACCUGAUGAUGGAGGAGCUGUCACUACGCAACAACCGAGGGUCCCUCCUCUUCCAGAAGAGGCAGCGUCGUGUCCAGAAGUUCACCUUUGAGUUGGCAGCCAGUCAGCGGGAGAUGCUGGCCGGAAGCGCCAAGAGGAAGGUGACAGGAACAGUGGAGCCAGGGACGGUUGCCAACGGCCCCGGCCCAGAGGGGCAGAACUACCGCUCGGAACUCCACAUCUUGCCGGCCUCGGCCGGGGGUCCCGAGGACGCCCACGCCGCAUCCGUAGCCGCCGCCGCCCCGGCGCAGAGCGCCCGUAGCCCCAGCGCGCUGGCACCAGGCUACGCCGAGCCACUGAAGGGCGUCCCGCCAGAGAAGUUCAACCACACUGCUAUCCCCAAGGGCUACCGUUGCCCGUGGCAGGAGUUCAUCAGUUACCGCGACUACCUGAGCGACCUAAGUCACACCCACCGCCUCGCUGACUACCGAAAUUUCAACAAGACCCCAGUGCCAUUUGGAGGACCCUUCGUGAGGGACAUCAUUCCCACGGCAGGUACCCCCUUCAUCCCAGAGCCCUUCAAUGGCUUGGAACUCCUCCGCCGCAGACCCAGCUUCAACAGAGUGGCCCAGGGCUGGGUCCGUAACCUCCCAGAAUCUGAGGAUCUGUAG